AGUUUACUUGAAGUAAUAUAAGUGGUACAAUGUGGCAUAUAAUAAUUUACUUGUUUUUAAUAUUCUCACAAUUUUACAUCGUAUCUUCACAAGAAGAAAAUCAAAUCUUUGAAGAAUUCGCUUGUGAAAAUAAUACUAAUGUGCAUUUUGAUUGCGAUUAUUCCAAUCAAUACAGUGAUUUAUUUCAAGAACCACGCAAGAAGAUUCAAAUUGUGGAUGGAUUUUACGGAAGAGAUGAAAAUACAAACUGUGUGCCUAGAAAAAAAGGCAAAUUAAUUCUAGCUAAAAGUUCGAAUUGCACUUUGGAUAUAGCAGAUUUUAUGAGAAAGCGCUGCGACGGGUUAGAAAGAUGUGACUAUAAUUCUACAAACGAUUUUUUUGGGGGUAAUCCGUGCAUAGGUGAUCCCAAGUAUACCACUAUUCAUUACCAAUGUGUGGCUCCAGAAGAAACCACAACUGAAGCAGCCACGGAACCUCCAGAAGCAGUAGUUGAUGGACCCACUAUUUGCUUCUCACGUACCAUACGCAUACAGUGCGCAAAGAAGAAAAUAAAAGUCAAAAAAGUUUUCUUUGGUAGAACAGAUGACACUACUUGUAUACCCAGCUCGGUCAAAAACAAAUUUGGCAAUAAUUUAAAUUAUAAAUGCGAUGGAAGUGAUGUAGCGCUUAAAUAUACCAAAAAACUAUGCGAUGGCAAAAGUACGUGUGAUCUAAUAAAUGCCGUUGGGACUGGAGAUGGAAUUAUGAAUAGUGGUUGUAAUGCUGCUCAAGUACCUUACUUACGAAUAAGUCAUUCAUGUGUUUAAUUAAAUUG